AGGCGGGGCUCCCUCAACGACACGUGAAGGAGAAAAGUCGUGAGGAAGCGGAAAAGGCCUGGCCUGAGAGAGUCGGCGAGGAGGGGGCGGGCGGAGAGCCUCGUCGUGGGACCGGAGAGGCAGGUACCCUCAGAGAUGACAGAACACGGGAUCUCCAUGGGCCAGCAAGUGGCCGUGGUUUGGGACACCCAGCCAUCGCCAGAGGCCCUGCAGAGCUUUGUACAAAAGAUCCAAGCGGCCGUUGGAGUUGAAGGCCAUGUAUCUGUAGAAAACAUCCACCAGUUGCUCCAGUCAUCCCAUAAGGAAUCCAGUUUUGAUGUGGUUUUGUCGGGUCUGAUACCUGGUGGCUGCACGGUGCAUAGUGCCGAAGUCCUGGCUGAAAUAGCUCGGAUCGUCAAGCCGGGAGGGCGUGUCCUUUUAAAGGAGGUGGUGACAACAGAAACAGGUAACAACAGCAAACUAAAGUCAAUAAGCAAGUUACCCACAGUUUUGACCCUUUCUGGGUUGGUGGAAAUCAAGGAGAUACAGAAGGAGCCUUUAACGGCAGAGCAAGCCCAGUCCACCCAGGAGCAUCUGGGUGUCCAGGACGGCAAACUUCUCUCUGUUCAGAUAGAAGGCAAGAAGCCCAGCUUCGAAGUGGGAUCCUCAAGUCAACUCAAGCUUUCCUUUGUCAAGAAAACAGCCCCAUCAAAAAAACCAGCUGUGGAUCCUGCAGCUGCCAAGCUGUGGACACUUUCUGCCAGCGAUAUGAAUGAUGACGACGACAUGGAUCUGCUAGAUUCCGAUGAGCUUCUGGAUCCUGAGGAUUUGAAAAAGCCAGACCCGGGUUCCCUCAAAGCUCCCUCUUGUAAAGAAUCUGGGAAGAAGAAAGCCUGUAAGAACUGCACCUGCGGCCUUGCGGAAGAGCUAGAGCAGGAAAAGAAGAGCUCGCAGCCCAGAUCGGCUUGUGGGAAUUGUUACCUGGGGGAUGCCUUCCGAUGCGCCAGCUGCCCUUACCGGGGGAUGCCAGCCUUCAAACCCGGCGAGAAGAUCCUCUUAACUGAGAACAACCUUCACGACGCCUGAGAGGGGGGCCGUGCCAAGCCUCCUUGGGGAAGAAAGCUCCUCUUUGCCUCCUCAUCUCUUCAUUAAUCUUCUCACAUACAUCACAUCCUGGGAAGGUCUCUUGUAAAGGAGGAAAUAGAGUGUGGACUUCGGGUGGGGGGGAUGGAUGGGGCAACAGAAAACCAGCGAAGAGAUCGUGGAAGGUGAAAGGAAAUGACUUACCUCUGAGUAGCUGAUUGCGCUCGGUGUUCACUGGUUCACAGCCUUCAUGAAUAUACAAUUGUGAACUUCCA